CACGAGUCGGAAGGCGAGCGUGAUGGCGAGCGUGAUGGCGAGCGUGAUGGCGAGCGUGAUGGCGAGCGCGCAACAACCAAUCUAAUCCGCUCGCACGCACCGACUAAAGGCGCCUGAAGCACCCACAACCUUUUCCACUUUCCUCCUUACCCCGCGCGCCAUGUAACGGCUACGGACAACGAUCUCGCCAACGUCGUAUAAUCCGUGCUACUCCUCCGCUACCAUCUACAGCAACGCUGGAUAGUACCGCGGAUACGAGUAUCGCGACUAUCGCCAAGAUAUUCUUUUCCUUGGCCGAACGGUCAAAUUUAUCCGCAAAAAUAAAGCUCUAUCGAACGACGCGUCGUUUGCCAGUUUUCUUAGCGAGAAACUUUUCCACGUGUCAUCAUCUUUUUUCCAGUUAAAAGAAUUUUUCAAGUAACGUAUCCGUUCAUUACCAAUUCAUUACCAAUUCAUUACGAAUUAACAUACAAAAUACACUUUUUAUUCAGUUGUUCAUUUAUUUAGUUGUAUGAAUUGGAAAACUAAUAAUACUACUAGGAACGUACGGCUGCGGCAGAGAGCGGUCACGCUCGCGUUUUAGCUGUCACAGCGCCUCUAUCUUCACGAAAUGUCGACAUUGAACUACGUAGCUAAUAUCCACCAAAUAUCCGUGUGGUAACACGCUAUGUCCACGAUUCUGUUCCUCGCUAUGCACAUGCACGUAACGAAAGUUAGACGACUACUUUUGUCCUAUUCAAAUUUUUAUUACUGCUUACUGAGGAUUUUCUUGCUAGUGAGCAUAAAUUUUGCUGUCGAUUCUUCGCCGAUAUCGUGCGGUCUUGUCCUCGUGUUGCAGCCAUAAAUAAUUACAGAUAAAAUGAGGCGUAAAUUUCAGUUGCAAUUUGAAUCUCCAACAGGUCCACUUGCUUCACAAUUUCUAAUAAUUUGUAAAUGGUGCGUAGGCGCAAUGCGGAAUUUGCAGAAUAGAAUCAGACUAAUGACGGCUGGAUAUUCCGUCAAUUGGACUCCACUGAAAGAGACAGAACAGAAGAAUUUACAGAAAGGAUCUUGUGAUUUGCAAGGGCCAAUUGCGCUUUCGCGAGUUCUGCUCCAUGGGAUGGGACAAUGGAAAAUAUACUUCAGUGGAGUUCAAUUGACGGAAUGUCUGUCAUUGGUCUGAUUCUAUUCCGCAAAUUGCGAA